AAAAAUAUUCUGCCGUUUUGUUCUUUGUAAAAAAUUGUCGUUCAUCAACAAAACCUGUAGUGCCCGACCGAAAACGAGUCUCGCCCAAUGGCUCUGUCCAAUGUGCUCAUCCUUAGCCAGGUGGCCGGCCAUGUCAUCGGCCUGAUCCUGUCGCUGUGUAUGUUCAUCCCCCUGUCGGUCCAUGUCCAUUCGUUCAAUGGCCACUGUUUGCUCUUUGCCACCGGAACGUGGCAGGAGAAGGAUGGACUGUUCGACGUGAGGUGGGCCUCGGAGGCUUACUGCAACUACCCGAUCCUGGUGGGAGUGGCCCUGUUCAUCAUCUCCGGAUUGCAGAUCUAUCGCUUGGCCAUUCUGGUGUACCGUGAGCUGGAGAGUUCCUUCCUGGCGCUGUUCUUCGAUGUGGUUUUCAGUGUUAGUCUGUGUGCAAUGACGGUCAUUGCUGCGAUUAUCAUCACGCUUGGGUUCAUGACCUGGUGCGGAGAUAUGACCGAACGUUUCCCCUCUUGCGAGGUGGCCGACGGCCAGAACAUCACCACCGUCGAGCUGAAUAUUCAAACGUCCGGGUUUUACAUUGAAAUGGGCACGGCCCAGUUCGGGGCCUGGGCAUCGUUUGCCACUUGGGUGGGUCUGUCGGUGUUUGCCCUGCUGAAGCUUAUCAACAAUCACCAGUUGCGCAACAUGAAGGUCUCGAUGUACAUCGAGCGGCAGCGGCUAGUCAACGAGGAUGUGUACAGGGGAACGACCUCGGAGCUACCGAGCGGAGCAGGGGCGGCGGACUUGAUGGCUGGUUCUCCCGGAGAGAACCAGCUGGAUUGAGCGUGUGCUACAAUUAAGUAUUCGAAUCAAU